UUGAAAUCAAAAUGAAUUAUUUUGUCCCGCAAAAGUACCUCAUGAAGUGACCAGUGAGUAUCGAGCAACAAGAGGAAGUAAGAACACGGAUCUAACGUCAUGAUGAUUUCUGGGAACUCUGCUGUUCCGCGUCACGUCAGCCAAACGACUUCCCAUAAGUAAGUCCAUAAAAGUUGUCGUAAACAGAUCCACAGAUCCAACGGUCGCCUGGGCCACUUUUCAGGCAGAGGACGUUCGACGGCGAGUGAGCUCAUCAUCAGCAGACUGACUCCAUGAAGGAAGGAUGGCGCUGGACACCGAGUGCAAGGAGCUACUGUUGGAAACGCUGACCGAGCUGUCACAGGACAACUUCAAGGUCUUCAGGUUCCAUAUGCACCUGCCCGAGAGUGUAGAUAAAAAGGCCCACCCCGUGGACAUCGUCAACGAGCUGGAGAAGAAGCACGGCAAAGACGCCGCGAAGGAGACCGUCAAGAUCCUGGAGAAGAUCAAAGAGUACCACCUGGCCGAGAAGCUGCGCAUAGGCAUGUUGCAAAUAAAAGAUUCUGCCCGUGGAAAGAGUACCGCCAGGAGGAGGAUGGCCUCCGGCUUGCAUAGAAGAAGUACCAUCUUGUCUGUCGACAACGAUCGGAUCGCCAAAUUCAAGCGGGAGCUCCAAAACAACCUGCGGAGUGCCUAUAUCAACGCUCCCGAGGGCAAUACCGAGCCCUGCGAGCAGCUGUGUCUGGCGGACAUCUACACGGAUCUGUACAUCACCCACGGCGCCGACGUAAGUCCGACCCCGGAGCACGAGGUCCUUCAGAUGGAGAUGUGUGGCGUGGCCAAGAAGUCUAUCGAACCAUGUGACAUCUUCAAAAGCGCCAGCGGGAAGCCGCAGCCUAUACGCAUUUUGCUCACCGUCGGCUUCGCUGGGAUUGGAAAAACCUUCCUGGUCCGCAAGUUUGUGCUGGACUGGGCUCGUAGAAAAACCAACAAGGACGUGGACUUCAUAUUUCCCUUCACCUUCCGUGAGUUGAACUUGGAGAAAGGGAAAAGCUUUUCGUUGGCAAAGCUCAUCCAAUACUCCAUCCCCGAGACCGAGGUUGUGAGCGAGGAGUUGCUGAACAUUCUAUUUGUCAGCUUGAAGGGGUCUGGGAAACAUAACUACGAAAGCAGCAACAUCAAGAUUUUGUUUGUGCUGGACGGAUUGGACGAGUGCCGCCUCAAACUGGACCUGAGCAACAAGACGAAGGAGGACCUGGACGUGACCAAGGCCUACCCUGUGGAGGUGCUCCUGGCAAACCUCAUCACGAAGAACCUGCUUCCCUGCGCCCGAAUUUGGAUCACCACACGGCCUGUGACGGCGCACGACAUCCCGCCCAAUCUCAUCGACAGCAAAACAGGGGUGAAAGGAUUCAGUGCCUCCCAGAGGCUGGACUACUUCAGAAAGAGGUUCCCAGAUGAGGAGUACAUCAUUAAGCACAUCCAGAAAUCUCGCACCAUCUUCAUCAUGUGCCACAUGCCCAUCUUCUGCUGGCUCACCACCACAGUUCUUCAGGAUUAUUUGGACAAAGGGAAGUCCAGAGAGCUGCCUAAAACCCUGACUGAGAUGUACACGGAGUUCCUUUUUUAUCACCUGGAUAAGGCCAAGGAGAGACUGACGACAAAGAGCAUCAAAUACGUCAAAGCGCUAGCAAAACUGGCAUUUGACCAGCUGAUGAAAAAAAGUCAGCUCUUUUACGAGACAGACUUGCAGAACAGCGGUUUUGAUUACCUCCGAGCCGCAAAACACUCUGGAGUGUUCACCGAGGUGCUUAAGAAGGUACCUCCACUGAAGAAAAACCAACAGGUCAAGAUGUUUCAGUUCAUCCAUCUGACCAUGCAGGAGUAUCUGGCUGCUCUGUACGUGAUGAUGAGCCUCUUCCACGACAACAAGAACGUACUAGCCCAUUCGGAGCAGUCACUGGAAUGUCUUGUCAUGUUUUGUAAGCAGAAGCCAAUCACUCAGGUCCACGAUAUUGCGAUCCAAAGAGCCGUCAAGAGUGACGGAAACCUGGACUUGUUCCUGCGCUUCCUGUUGGGCCUUUCCUUGCAGUGCAACCAGGACACCCUCUGUGAACUGCUCAAGGUUCCGAAGCACAAUGAGCACAACAAGUCAGACACGGUCCUGCUGAUCAAGAACACAAUAAUGCAGAACACUCCAGGAAAGAACAUCAACUUGUUCUACUGCCUAAACGAGCUGAAGGACAACUCCCUGCUGGAGCAGAUCCAACAAUACUUACGUUCAGGACGUUUGUCCACCGACAUCGAGGCUCUGGACAUGUGGUCGGCCCUGGUCUUCUUUUUACUGACCUCCGACGAAGCCAUGAAUUGCUUUGACUUUAAGCAGUACUGUGCAUCGGCGGUGGGGCUCUCGAUGCUGCUGCCAGUGGUCAAAGCUUCUCAAAAAUCAUUGCUAAAUGACUGCAACCUGAGCGAGAACAGCUAUCACCUGCUGACCUCCGUUCUCAGCUCACCAUCCAACCUGAGGCAUCUGGAUCUCAGCGACAAUGACCUGUACGACAGGGGGGUCGAGAUCCUCUCGGACGGACUGGCGAACCCACAUUGCAUCUUGCGAGUCCUCAGGCUGUCAGGCUGCAUGAUCACGACGCCAGGAUGCGUUUCAUUGGCCAAGGCUCUCGAGCUGAACCCCUCCCACCUUGAAGUGCUGGACCUUAGCUACAAUUACCCGGGAGAGGAAGGAAAGAGGAUCUUAAAGGAGGCCCAAAUGAAUCCCAGCUCCAGCCUGAAGACUGUCAACCUGGAUCACGGCGGCAAAGAACGUUUGAUUUCCGGCUUAAAGAAAUAUCUUUGCAGACCCACGUUGGACCCCAACACGGCUCACAACUGCCUCCAACUGUCCGACCGCUGCAAGACGGUGACGGUGGCGAAGGAGGACCAGCUAUACCCCAUAAACCCGCAGAGGUUCACCCGCUGGCGUCAGGUUCUUUGCAAGGACGGACUGAGUGAACGCUGCUACUGGGAGCUGGACUUGGAGGGGAAGGUUUCCAUUGCCGUGACGUACGAAAGGAUCCGGCGGAUCGGGGAGGGUAACGAUGUGUGUCUGGGAGCCACAGAAGCUUCCUGGGCGCUGCUGUGCGACGACAACGCCACCUACGCGGUGCGCCACCGGGACAGGACGGUGAACCUCGAACCCCGCCCCUCCCCGGAGUCGAACAAGGUGGCCGUGUUUCUGGACCAUCCCGGUGGCGCGCUGUCCUUCUACAAAGUGACUUCGGAGGGGAUGAUACUCCUCCACGCCUACCACACCUCCUUCACGCAGCCACUUUAUCCGGCCUUCGGAUUUGGCUUCGAUAACAGAUAUGACGGUUUCGGAAACUCGGUAUCGAUCGGUGGGGAAAGUGUGCCCAUCUUUACCCGCAUCUAAAGCCCGUUCUGCGAAAUAAGCGCAACACGUCCUCAGCACAACCGCAAAGCGCAAACGGGUCUUCACGGAAAUGUGUUCCCAUCGUCACAAGUUCAGGAGGCAACACACCAAUAGGAAUCAGAAAUUAGAUUCAUUCAUAGCAACACAAGGAAAAACAGCCGUCAGUACCAAACUGACAUGAUUCGAUGCGAUGCGAUGUCAUCAGCAUGGGACACAUUUGGGUCCUGCGAUGAACAGCUACGACAGCAGAGGGCGCCCUUGUCCCACUCACCGCAGCACUGAACGAGUUGAACUCAAUGGGAACUGCGAAAAGAAUAGUUGAGCGACAAAUCCGUGCCAUCUUCCGAGGCAAAGUGUGUGACAUGCUCAUGUAAUGAGACACGUUUGUGGGAUGCAGUUUUAGUUUAAGGUUGAGCCUGAGUUUUUUUUUUUUUUUAAUGCAGCUCGAUCGAAAUCAUCCACAUGAUUACGCACCUCGGUGCGAGCCGAGCACAUAUCACACGAAUUCUAGUUAUUAUCCAAGUUUCGCUUUGAUUCGAUGCGAAAUGUUUUUCCAUUUGCAUACAUUCUUGGUUGUUGUCAUGUCAAAUGUGGGUGUUUUGUGAAAUGUGAAGAACAACAAACACAUCAGUCAUGGUUCAA